ACACCCGCGGCCCAUGCAGUUUAUAUGAGUUUUGAAAUUUUCGUUGAUCACAUAAUUUCUCACAACAGUUUUGGUCACCCUGUUGUAGAGAUGGAAAGCUGGAAAGUGCAAAAAAAUUUAAGAGGAUGUUGCCAGGACUCAAGAGCCUGAGCUAUAGGGAGAGGCUGAGCAGUCUAGGACUUUAUUCCUUGGAGCACAGGGGGAUGAGGGGUAAUCAUAGAGAGGUGUAUAAGAUCAUGAAGUGAAAGAUUUAAUAGAAACAUCUGGGGCAACUAUUUCACACAGAAGGUGGUGGGUUUAUGGAACAAGCUGCCUGAAGAGGUAGUUGAUUACAGCAUUAAAGACAUUUAGACAGGUACAUGGAUAGGAAAAGUUUAGAAGGAUAUGGGCCAAAUGCACACAGGGAGGCCAGUUUAGAUGGGACAUCUUGGUUAGCAUGGCCAAGUUGGGCCGAAGGGCCUGUUUCCAUGCUGUAUGACACUCUGACUUUCUCGUGAAUUGUCCACCACAGAUGUCCAAGUUCCCAUGUUUCUCCUUACACUUCUUCUUAAAUAGAGGCACAACAUUAGCCACCCUCCAGUCUCCUCACCUCACCCCUUGUCUAGUGAUGAUUCAUUCGAAUGUCUCAGCCAGAGCCCAUACAAUUUCUUCGCUAGCCUCCUACAGUGUCGUCAAAUAUACCUGAUAUCCACAAAUACUGUGCUAGGUAUGCUGGGCCUGUUUACCCUGGAGUGCAGGAGGCUGAGGGGUGGCAUAGAUACGGUAGAAAUCCAGUCUUUUUGAUCAGCUCUAUGAAUCUAUGACUUCAAAUGGCCAAUGCAUUGAGUCAGGGGCUGAAGCGGGUCAUCCCUCCAGCGCACAUGGCCAACAGGAAACUGGAAAUUUCCAAUUCCCCACAUUGGGCACCUUGGACUAAGCCCUUUGUCACUCACUUUAAUUUAGAGUGCUGAUUACACUAACCACCUUCUUCCUCUCAAUUCUACCUGUUACAAUUUACCACCCCUACCUUUACUCUUACAUCAGUGAAUGAUGGUAGGAAGCAGAGACAGAAUUAUCCACAUUUGCUGCUCACCAUGUCACUGCCACCACUGCCAGGCAUCACUGUCUGAUAUGUGACAUCCCCUCCAGCUCUGCUGCUGGACUCCGGGAGCUGGGUGAGAUCUAUUUAUGCAUCCGUCUCUCCAGAUCCUCUCUUCCAGGUCCACCUCACUCACCACUGCUGCUGACUUAGUUCCCUUGGCCUGUAGGAUUCAACCAAUCACUGUUUUGAAUGAACUCAGUGACUGAGUCUGCAGAGAACUCUGAGGUCGAGAACUCUGAAGAUACACCAACCUCCAGGUGAAGAGGUUUAUCCUCAUCUUGGUCAUUUAUAACCCACCCUUACCCUGAGAUUGUGCCCCUGGAUACCACAGCCAGGAGAAACCUCCUCCCUGUGUCCAGUCUAUCAAGGUAGAAUUUCACAUGUUUCUACAAGAUCGCUCAGUCUUUUGAACGCCAAGAAUAGAAUAAUAAUAAUAAUAAUAAUCUUAUUUAUAUAGCACAUUUUUAGUCAACUUGCAUUGACCCCAAAGUGCUUCACAUAAUUACAUUACAUUUACACACAGGCAAAGGUGGGUGAAGUGUCUUGCCCCAAGGACACAACGACAGUAUGCACUCCAAGCAGGUUUCGAACAGACUACCUUCCGGUCGCCAGACGGACACUUAGCCCAUUGCGCCAUCUGUCGUCCCAAUAGAGGGCAGCUUUACUCUAUUUCUGCUCGUGUGACAAACCCUUGUAAACCUGAAACUUGGACUGUUUUUCUCUCCACAGACGCUGCCUAAAUCUGCGAGCACUUCCCGGAUUCUCUGAUUUUACCGCAGGAAACUGUCUGGAGAAUCUUCAAUGCACUCCCUCUACAGAAAGUGCACCUUUCAUUAGGUACCCACGGUGAUCACACACUGACUGUACUUGAAACACACGGUGCCAAGGACAACAAGAGGAUCAUCAGUCAGAGCCAAAGAAGUGACCAGCCCUGUGAUCCCAGGAUAGGAACUCCAGCACCCCAACACAUCUGAGCUCUGUGAAAUAUCCCGGGACAGGAAACCGGACAACUGGAUAAAUCCUGGGCCUGUAUCCAGGCACUGUGCUAUAUUGUCGAAUAGGAGCCCAGGCCUCAAGGUAGAUACUGGGACAGAAACGUACAACUGGUGAAGAUUCACCCAACUGCAAUAUAUAAGACAGGAGCACUGACAUCCUGGGAAUUCCAGGAUAAGAACCACCUCUCUGGGAAAGAACAUACAGAUCCCAGGAAAUACAUUCACCCAGUGAGAGAGAAUGGCGAGUGUUUCAUCAACUGUAAAUAGCUGGUCUGAAAACCUGAACCCUCCACAACUUGUGAGGGAUUUGGGUUUACAGGAUCAUUAUCCUCACAAACUGUCACUGACGUCCAUGCGGGAGGUAUCCUGGGGUAAACUGGACGACAACAAACCAACUCGACCAGAAGAUAUUCCUUGGCGAUUUCUCCAAAGGAUCCUCUCAGCUAAUUCACUGGCAAGGAAUCCUGAAUGGCCCCCUGCUCAGUCCUUGGAAGACAAGAAAAAUGAUGAAGAUUUCAACGAUUUCUUUGAAGUGAAAGAGCCAGGGGAUUCUGGGAUUAAUCCUCUGGAUAUCAUUGCUGCCAUUUUCCUCUGUGCCGACCACUCUCUCCAGCAGGAACUGAUGCUGAAGAUGUCUCUGUGCCAACUUGCAUUACCCUUUCUGCUGCCGGAAGGGCACGGUUACCCCAGGGACAAGGUGAGGGGACCCAUGGAAGGGUCUGGUGCCACCCUUCUCCUCUGGGCCAUGAGACCCAUUGUUAAAAUGUGGUGCCCACAAUCUCCCACAGGAAACAGCCGCGUUGUGGAGAUGCCCAUCGUGACAGCAACCGUGCCAACUGUCUCCUUCCUCAGACUCGGAAGGUGCACGGUGUCCAAAUCCAAACUCCUCAAUCUCACCUUGAGCCAGGCCCAGCUGCAGCAGAACAUCUUCCUGCACUCCGGGAUGGAAUGUGGGAAUGUGCCCCGUGAGAUAUCGGAUGGGAUGGCUGAGAUCAGCUGGUAUCUACCUUCUGGGAAGAGCAACACGGACAUUUUCCCGGAGGCUGCUGCAUUCAUCAACCUCCGAGGUGAUGCUGAAACUUACCAGGGACACACUCGGUUUCUGGCAAAAGUCUCUGCUGCUCUCUUUAUUUUCAUUGACGUUAUCGGUGAGAAGGAAAGAGAAUUCCUCACCUCUCUCGCACAGUCACCGGCAAAACUCUUUCUGAUAGUGAACACUCACAUCAGUCAGCAACACAUCACCCCUGAGCAGGUAAAGAAACUGUUCAAAGAUCUGAAGUUACAACCUCAACAAUGCAUUGUUCGGACAAAUGUAAACGAGGCCAAAUUUGUGGAAAAACUUUGUUUUCAGGUAAAACAAGUGAUUCUAAUGAGUGACGGGGACCAGAGAUUCCUGAGUCUGGAACAAAUGGGUGACAUUGCGAGAGAAAGUGGGAUUCAGGUCGAUGAACAUCAGCCUGAAAUACAACGGGCCAAGGACCUGACCAAAAUACUGGGCAGUCUUGACCCUGCAGACAUCACUGGGUAUAAAAAGAGAGUGCUGCCCUUUCAUGGAGAGCCCUGGCAAGGGCUGACUAAAGUUGAGAAAGAGAAGUCUCGGAUGAAACUCCGUGGGGGCAGAACCACAGAGAAGUAUAACCACGAGUUGGACCAAGACAAGAAAAGAAUCCGGGAAGCUCAGCUCAGACAGAGCCUGUCGGAGGAGAUGCAGAUAUUCAUUGACUACCUCACCUGUCCUGGUGGGGAUGACAGGGCCAUUUCCUUGCAGUGGCUGAAGCUGAUGCUGGACAGUAAAUCAAGGGAAAUCAUGGCAGGAUUGCGCAGGGAUUAUAAAGAACUGAGCAAACUCUCAAAGCAGAAGGUCAAGGAGCUGAAGGACAUGGAUCAGAAGAUGACUGAUAGUUCCCUGGGACUUGAGCACUUCAUGAGGGAACUGGGCCAGGUUUAUGAACUCUCAGUGACACAACACAACAUCAAGCAACAAACACAGAUCCACCCACAUGUGCUUCAGUUACCGGGUGUUGCUGCUGAACUGUUGCUGGAUGGGUUCCCACUGGAGCUCAUUGAUGGAGACGUCUCCAACGUUCCUGUUUCAUGGAUCACUGCUGUACUGGAAGCAGUGGCCGAGAAGGUGGGACGUGCUUCCAGAGUGUUUGUGCUGACAGUGAUUGGAGUUCAGAGCACAGGCAAGUCCACGCUCCUCAAUACAAUGUUCUGUUUGCGGUUUGCUGUGAGCAGCGGCCGAUGUACUCGAGGGGCCUACAUGCAGCUGAUGAAGGUCACAGGGAGCCUGGCGGAGGAGCUGGGCUGUGACUUCAUCCUGGUCAUUGACACGGAGGGGCUGAGAGCUCCAGAACUUGCAACACUAACAGACAGCUACGAACACGACAAUGAGCUGGCAACAUUCGUGGUGGGAUUAAGCAACAUAACAUUGGUAAACAUAGGCAUGGAAAACAUCGCAGAGAUGAAAGAUAUUUUACAGAUUGUUGUUCAUUCCUUACUCCGCAUGAAACUGACGGGGAAAAGACCAAAGUGUAUAUUUAUCCACCAGAAUGUUGGAGAUGUGAGCGCACAUGAUCACAAUCUGAGAGGCCGUCAGAAACUGCUGGAACAGCUGGAUAAGAUGACAGAGGCUGCAGCAAAACUGGAGAAGGUGGAGGGAGUUACGUUCCGUGAUGUGAUGGACUAUGAUGCUGACAAGGACAACUGGUACAUCCCUGGUCUGUGGCAAGGUACACCCCCAAUGGCUGCCGUCAACACUGGCUACACUGAACACGUCUUCCAACUGAAGAAAAGUCUCAUUCAAUGUUUACUCAAAGGGAAACUAGACCAAGGAGCUUUCACAAUCCCAGACUUUACCAAAUGGAUGACUGGCCUUUGGGAGCAGGUGAAACAUGAGAAUUUCAUUUUCAGCUUCCAGAACAGUCUAGUCGCAGAAGCUUACAACCAGCUCUCUGUGAAGUACAAGGACUGGGAGUGGGAGCUACACAAAUUCACACACUCCUGGGGAAACGAGGCUGAAAACAGAGUCAACAAUGCCAAUGGUGACCUCAACCGACUGCUCCAAACACUGGAACGUGAGAUCAGGACGGAGAUUAACAAAAGGGAGGGUGAGACUCUGGAUAAACUAAAAGAUCUGUUUGAAAGUGGGGCUGAUAACGUGCAGCUGAUGGAGAAAUACAGGGAGGAAUUCAAGCUCAGUAUCUCCAGUUUAUGCAGACGGCUUCAGGAUGAUUCAAUGCAGAGAUGUAAGGAUGCUGUGAACAGACGUGUGGGACUGCAGGAAGUGGAUGCUAUUUGGAAUAAAUCUCACAAGAAGAUUGAACACCAGGUCAAGGAGCUUUUAUUAAAGUGUAAAGGGGCAAAUCAGGUGUUGGGUGACAAGGAACUGCAAACUGCCUUUGGAAAGAUGUGGCAAGACACACUGUCACAGCUGGACUAUCAGCCCUGUAGAGAAAGAAACAUCGAACUGGAGAUUGAAAAACUUCUCAGAGAGAACACAGCAACUCAAGGGAGGGUGAUUAAUGAAAUGCUAAAAAGAAAACCUCUCUGUAAACAGGGAACUCAGUGCUUUCAAAUUGAAGGGAAACACAUCAACACGACAUGGGUGAGACGUGCUAAAACCACAAUUGGGAUAGCCUCGCACCAAUCAGAUGUUAAUCAGGCAGCAAUGAUAACACAGUCCCUCGACCUUGAAUGCCAUCAAUGGAUCAGUGACAUCACAAAAGUGGACAUGGAUUAUGACAAUAAAUAUUGUAUUGAUCUUUUGAAUAUUAUACAGGAGAAAAUUAACAAUAUUUCACACCCAAACUUCACAAUGAGUGAGGAAUUCAGGGCUGAGUUUAAACUUCACCUGUGUGGUUACGCUGUACCAAGAUUCCAAGAGAUGCAGACGAGGUUCAUCCAGAAACACGACCCGCGGCAAAGACUGGAAAACAUGAAGGGUCAAUACUUUGAUCUCUUCAUUGAUAUUUACACAGAGCAGGAUGAGAACCAGAGACAAGCAGAACGGUUUGCACAAUCUUGUUUCUUGCCAGCUCUCAGAGACGCCACCCUCAAGGCUCUCAGUGUGAACAUCGUAGAUGAUAUGAAACAAAAUGACCCUGAGAGCAAGUACAGUCUCCGCAACAACUUCACUGUGGCCCUCCUGGUGCACUUGAAACAAAGGGGUACAUUUCAUGACUAUCACCAGUAUAUCACUGACCUUGAGAAUUUGGCCAAAGACUGGCUCCAUCACCAGGUUAUUGAACACUGCAAGACACAACGUGAUGGAGAGAGCACGUUUACCCGUCUGGCUAAAGGAAUCCUCACACAGAUCACUGGGAAAGCUAAAAAGAUUGUUGAGGAUGCAGUGAAGCAGAACUUUGCUGGAAAUGUUCAGAGCUUCCUGGACAUGUUUGUUGAAAAGUUAAAGGACAGGAUCUCAAUGCCCAAAGAUGAAAUGAAACUCGUUCUGUUUCACAGUGACGGUGAUGGCAAGAAAUGGGCAGAAGCAGUUCUGCCAUCUAUUGAAGAGGUGGAGCAGAGACUCCUCAGUGAGGUAACAAGCUGGGAUGUCCAAGCAAAGAUUGAAGAAUUAUCCAUUAAACCCAGGGAUGUGAUGUUCAAAGGGUUAUUCAAUUGUACCAAGAAAUGUCCUUUCUGUCAGGUUUCCUGUGACUUAGAGACCCCGGUACACUCACAGCACUCUUGUAAGCAGCACAGACCUGAAGGACUUAAUGGCUAUCGAUGGGCUCAUAGUGAACAUCUUGUAACUGAUGUCUGCACAGCUUCAGUCGCAGGUGAUGCAUUAUUUAAAAAUAACGACACAAAUGGGGAAUGGAAACCCUACAAGGAUUAUCAAACUGUCAAUGAUUACUACAAAUCCUGGACCAUCCAGCGGGAAAUUUCCGCACAGGGAGCAUCCUAUUGGAAGAAGGUUUUCUACACUUAUAAUCAGCAGUUUGCUGGAAAAUAUGGAGCUAAACCUGCAGAGAUCGAUAAUGCCUGGAACAUUGACUGGGAUGUAGUGAGGAGAGAUCUGAAUAAGACGUAUACCACAAACAUUCAGUCUUGGUGAAGUCCAUUUAGACGCGUUAGAUGUAGACACAGAAAAAUUGCCUACUUCUAAAGGAAAAAAAGACAAAUUGCUGGAGUAACUCAGCAGGCAGGCAACAUCUCAGAACAUGAAUCGGUGAUGUUUUGGGUUGGGACCAUUCUUCAAAAUGAUUUAGGUUUUAAUUUUAGAGAUACAGGCCCUACAAACCUGCACAUCUUUGGGAUGUGGGAGGAAACCAGAGCAUCCGGAAGAAACCCACAUGGUCACAGGGAGAAAGCACCCAAGGUCAGGAUCAAAGGUGGGUCUCUGGCGCUGUGAUGCAGCAGCUCUACCAGCUGCGCCACCGUACCGCCAUUAUUGUA